AUGAUCAUGAGCACAAAGGAGAGCCGGCGGGUGGUGAUAGUCACAGGUGGCGCUUCAGGCAUUGGCCUGGGCAUGGUGAACUACUUUGGUAGCAAAGGUGACCACGUUGCUGUCUUUGACAUCCACGCUGAGGCACCCGCCGGCCUGCUCGACGAACUCACCACAACCCACACAAAAGCCAACUUCUCGUACUACCAAUGUGACGUCUCAGACUGGGAUUCCGUCUCAUCAGCCUUCAAAGGCCUUUAUACCACCUGUGGGCACAUCGACGUUGUGAUGGGCAACGCCGGAAUCUCACGCGAAGAGUCACUCAUUCCCACCACCAUUCCAACCAUUUCAGAACCAUUCGAGCCCACGAAACCAAAGCUACGCACCAUGGACGUCAACAUGACCGGCGCUCUGUACACCACGAAACUCGCCAUCCAUUAUCUCCUUCUCAACACACCCUCUCCCACCACAGGCUCACGCGGCAGCAUCGUCCUUACCGCCUCCAACGCCGGCAUCUACGCCUUCCCAGUCGCGCCACUCUACGCUGCAUGCAAAGCCGCUCUGGUGAACCUCACUCGCUCCCUAGGGCCCGCACUACUCCCGCACCACAUCCAGAUCAACGCAUUAGCGCCCGCGGUGCUAGAAACCAACAUCGCACCAUCAAAGGAUCUGUUCCAGGGCAUGAAGAUGACCCCGAUGAGCACGCUGGUCAUGGCGGUGGACGGGCUGGUGGAGGAUGUGAAGCGUACGGCGCAGAUUGUGGAGGUGCAUGGGGACAAGGCUACGGUGAGAGAGGUGUAUGGUUAUGUGGAUGAGGAUAGUGAGUUCAAUUUGAAGAGGUUUUGGACUUUGGGGUAUGCUUAG